UCUGAGCGCCUGUGAAUCGCGCUGGCCGGAGGGUCUCACAACGAAAUACAAAAGCAGCUGGGAAGCGGCGGCGAGACGAGUUCCCAGCGCCGAGCUGCGCACCGGACAGAGCCUCGCAGCGCCCCGCGGCCGCGAUGGGGAUGAGGCGCUUGGAGCCCCGGAGCCAACACGCUGCUGGGCCCGCCUCGCCGCCGGGACCCGGGCGCCCUGGCUCGGUUUGAAGCCGGCGCGGCCGCGGGAGCAUGGGCAGGAGGAUGCGGGGUGCCGCCGCCACCGCGGGGCUCUGGCUGCUGGCGCUGGGCUCUCUGCUGGCUCUGUGGGGUGGGCUCCUGCCACCGCGGACCGAAAUACACGCCUCGCGGCCGCCCGAAGAUCAACUCCCGUGGCUCCUGGACCGGAGCGGUGGCCCCGCGCCGCGCUUACCUCUGCCCCCGCCCCUGCCGCGGGACGCCCACGGCGGCUCCCUGAAAACUUUCCGGGCGCUGCUCACCCUAGCGGCCGGCGCGGACGGGCCGCCCGGGCGACCCCCGGGCGAGCGCAGGCGGCACGCGUCAGCCGGGCGGCCCCGGCCAGCCGAAAGCGCGGUGGUGCACGGGGGCGUCUUCUGGAGCCGCGGUCUGGAGGAACAGGUGCCCCGGGGCUUCUCGGAGGCCCAGGCAGCGGCGUGGCUGGAGGCGGCGCGCGGCGCCCUGGUGGUAGCCUUGGAGCGCGGGGGCUGCGGGCGUAGCUCCAACCGGUUGGCCCACUUCGCCGACGGCACUCGCGCCUGCGUGCGCUAUGGCAUCAACCCGGAGCAAAUACAGGGCGAGGCCCUGUCCUACUACCUGGCGCGCCUGCUGGGCCUCCAGCGCCACGUGCCGCCGCUGGCCCUUGCCCGGGUGGAGGCGCGGGGGGCGCAGUGGGCACAGGUGCAGGAGGAACUGCGCGCAGCUCACUGGACCGAGGGCAGCGUGGUGAGCUUGACGCGCUGGCUGCCCAACCUCACGGAUGUGGUAGUGCCUGCGCCCUGGCGCUCAGAGGACGGCCGCCUGCGGCCCCUCCGCGCCGCCGGGGACGAGCUGACCAACCGCAGCCAGGCAGAGCUGGUGGACCUGGUGCAAUGGACCGACUUGAUCCUCUUUGACUACCUGACAGCCAACUUCGACCGGCUUGUCAGCAACCUUUUUAGCCUGCAGUGGGACCCGCGCGUCAUGCAGCGCGCCACCAGCAACCUGCACCGCGGACCCAGCGGGGCGCUGGUUUUUCUGGACAACGAGGCCGGUUUGGUGCACGGCUACCGGGUGGCGGGCAUGUGGGACAAAUAUAACGAGCCGCUAUUGCAAUCGGUGUGCGUGUUCCGCGAGCGGACAGCGUGGCGUGUCCUGGAGCUGCAUCGCGGCCAGGACGCGGCGGCCAGGCUGCUGAGCCUCUACCGGCGCUACGAGCCUCGCUUCCCGGAGCUGGCGGCGCUCGCCGAACCCCACGCUCUGCUGCUGCAGCACCGCCUCGACUUCCUCGCCAAGCACAUUUUGCACUGUAAGGCCAAUUACGGCCGCUGGCCAGGGGCUUAGCAUCACCCAGAGGGAGCGAGACCCCGGACGCGGUGAUGGAUGAUAAGGGAAGGGCCGUCGCCUCUGCCACCGCCUGGGACCAGCCGGCCAACGCCCAGCGAGCGCCCCGAGUGAGGAGGCGUCUAAAAAACUUCAGAUUCAUACACCUGCCCCUUUCUUUCAAUCCCAAAUUGUUUCCUUUCAAAGUUCUGGGAGGAUGAACUCACUGAGACGAGAAGUGUAACAUUCCCGCCACCUAGCCUUGCACAAGGAUUCUUCCCUAUGUUAACACGGAAUUUGGGAUCCGAAGAAACUGGCUACCGGGUUUUUGUCCCCGGUUGGCCAUCUCUGUGGGAGGUACACCCCAUUCCUGGGUCCCCUCUCUCCCCUUCCGAAAAAGGAAAACCCAUUGGAGCCAUUGAGUUAAUUCUGCAAUUUCCUACCAAACGCAGCGCUGGUGGUCCUGGAGCAGGGCUGUGACAUUGGCUGGUGGAGCCCCCUUCCUGUGUUCUCCCUUUGUUUCAGAGCCGCGAUGGUGAGAUCACUGUUAAGAGAAGAGCAGCGACUCCCUAUAGGACAAAGAGCAGGACCUCUAAACCCUGGGGAGCCCUGCACACCCUGAUGUUUGCCUGACUUGUCCCUGACCCCUUGUCAUUUUGCCCUGAAGGCUACUGAGUGCAAGACCAGCUGGAUGCACUGAGUGAAAUAAUGAGUUUCUUCUUCCUCCCCCUCACAACCGACCAAAAUGAUGACAAUGAUGAUGUUCACCAGAAAGAAAAAAAAAAAAUCAGUUUCAUGCACUUUAUUUUUGUUAUUUUAAUUUUUUAUUAAGAAAAACUUUUUAUUUGACAAAAUUUGCCUUCUCUGUAUAUAUGUGCAUAAAAUGUGGUGUAAAUAUACUAAACAAACUUAUAUUUCAAUAAAAGGGAGUUUAAGAUUUAGAAUUUCAUCUCUGCUUUUAACUGUUUGAGGUCUCUGAGGCCCCACCUGCUUACAGAAUAAGCUCUAAGGCCGCCUCUGUGGAUAUGCUUUUAAAACAAAGGACGCAUAUCCACCCCAGUUGUAACUACAGAACUUAGAGAAUUGAACAAAGACAAGAGCAGGUUUCCUGCCCUGCUCACUCAAAUGAACUCUAGUGCUGGAAAUUUCAGAGUUCAGUCUAGAAUGGGGGGGGAAGUGGGGAGAGAGAUGGGGGAAAAGUGUUCUAUUUCCUGGCAAAUAAAACUUUGAUAUAAAAGGAUUUCACUGUAAUAUAUUUCUAUAUUAAUCAUUUGGCAAAUACAAUAGAACCAGAUGUGCAGACUAAAAAAUGACAAAUGUCCCCUGUUUAGACUUAACUACAGUGGUCACGUGUUGCACGUUAUUUUCAGCAUUGUAAUUCCCGUGCAUCACAAUGUGCAGAUAAUAAGCUGGGCGCAUAUUGCAAACAGGUAGAGAAAGUCAUAAAUUAGCUCUUCUCUUUAAUCUCCUGGCAGAAAUUCCAUUGUUUCCGGGAGAUCAUAAUCUCCAACAUCUGGACUUGGCCAGCUCUCUGAAGAGGUUCCACUGUGUUUUCUGGGUAACUAACUGCAUAGUCU